GGACCUGAGAGAAGAGCAACGAAAGAAAAAGAGGAGAGAAAAACAGAACACCGACACAAAUGGCACUCAUGGCAGGGAUUUUGUUCACGGCCACCUUUCUUCUUUUUGGGAUUUCUACAUUUGUUUCGCCGGCACGGAUAUACCCCCCAAAUGAAGUCACGUUAUUGGACUCCAGAUCUGUACAGGGGGAGCUGGGAUGGGUCGCCAACCCGACAGAAGGAGGGUGGGAGGAAGUGAGUAUUAUGGAUGAAAAGAACAUUCCCAUCCGGACGUACCAGGUGUGUAACGUCAUGGAGCCAAACCAAAACAACUGGCUCCGCACUGACUGGAUCCCCCGAGGCGGCGCCCAGCGUGUCUACAUUGAGAUCAAGUUCACCCUCCGAGACUGCAACAGCCUCCCGGGGGUCAUGGGAACCUGCAAGGAAACCUUCAAUCUUUACUACUAUGAGUCCAACAAUGACAAGGAGCGCUACAUCCGUGAGAACCAGUUCGGCAAAAUCGAUACCAUCGCCGCAGACGAGAGCUUCACUCAGGUGGACAUCGGCGAUCGCAUCAUGAAGCUGAACACAGAGGUGCGAGAUGUGGGUGCCUUGACCCGGAAGGGCUUCUAUUUAGCCUUUCAGGAUGUUGGAGCAUGCAUUGCGCUUGUGUCCGUCAGGGUCUUCUACAAGAAAUGUCCUUUAGCGGUGCGUAACUUGGCACAGUUUCCCGAUACCAUCACUGGAGCCGAUACAUCCUCACUUGUGGAAGUUCGUGGCUCGUGCGUGGAUAAUUCAGAGGAGAAGGAGGUUCCUAAGAUGUACUGCGGGGCGGAUGGAGAGUGGCUGGUGCCCAUUGGGAAUUGCUUGUGUAACCCUGGAUACGAGGAGCGCAAUUCAGAAUGCCAAGCCUGUAAGAUUGGUUACUACCGUGCUUUGGCCACUGAUGGCUCCUGUUCCAAGUGUCCGCUCCAAAGCUACUCCGUCAGGGAGGGAUCAACCUCCUGCGUCUGCGACAAGGGAUACUUCCGCUCUGAAACGGACCCGGCGUCCAUGCACUGCACCCGCCCUCCGUCAGCGCCUGUCCACCUCAUCUCCAACGUGAACGAGACCUCAGUAAACCUGGAGUGGAGCCCGCCCCGGAUCUCAGGAGGACGCCAGGAUUUGACAUACAAUGUGGUGUGUAAGCGCUGCGGGCCCGACGGCCGGCACUGUCAGCCCUGCGGUAACAGCAUCCACUUCAGCCCCCAGCAGCUGAGCUUGAAGGGAACCAGGGUGUCCAUCAACGAGCUGCAGGCCCACACCAACUACACCUUCGAGGUGUGGGCGGUGAACGGAGUCUCGCCUCAGAGCCCUGGGCCGGAGCAAGCCGUGUCUGUGACUGUCACCACCAACCAGGCCGCUCCCUCGCCUGUGACUUCCAUCCUGGCAAAGGAUAUCACAAGACACACCAUCUCACUGGCCUGGCAGCCACCAGAUAGAGCCAAUGGGGUAAUCUUGGAGUAUGAAGUCAAGUACUACGAGAAGGACCAAAAUGAAAGAAGCUACAGAAUCAUAAAAACCUCGGCAAGGAACACUGACAUCAAGGGUCUCACCCCCCUCACUUCCUAUGUGUUCCACGUGCGCGCUCGCACGGCGGCCGGCUACGGGGAAUUCAGCGGCCCGUUUGAGUUUAUGACCAACUCCGUCCCAGCUCCUAUUAUAGGUGACGGGGCCAACUCCACAGUGUUAUUGGUGUCAGUGGUGGGCAGCGUGGUCCUCCUGAUCAUCCUUAUCAGUGCUUUCGUCAUCAGCCGAAGAAGGAGUAAGUACAGCAAGGCCAAGCAGGACUCUGACGAAGAGAAGCACUUACAUCAAGGAGUGAGGAUAUACGUUGACCCUUUUACCUAUGAGGACCCAAACCAAGCCGUCCGUGAGUUUGCCAAAGAGAUUGACGCCUCCUGUAUCAAGAUUGAGAAAGUAAUUGGCAUUGGGGAGUUUGGCGAGGUCUGCAGCGGCCGCCUGAAGAUGCCGGGCAAGAGAGAAAUAUGCGUGGCCAUCAAGACGCUGAAGGCCGGCUACACCGACAAGCAGAGGAGGGACUUCCUGUCCGAGGCUAGCAUCAUGGGCCAGUUUGACCACCCGAACAUCAUUCACCUAGAGGGCGUAGUCACCAAAUGUAAGCCAGUGAUGAUUAUCACAGAGUACAUGGAAAACGGAUCUCUGGAUGCAUUCCUGAGGAAGAACGACGGUCGCUUCACAGUGAUCCAGUUAGUCGGCAUCCUGCGUGGAAUUGCAUCUGGCAUGAAGUACCUGUCAGACAUGAGCUACGUUCACCGUGACCUGGCGGCUCGCAACAUCCUGGUCAACAGCAACCUUGUGUGCAAGGUGUCCGACUUCGGCAUGUCCCGAGUGCUGGAGGAUGACCCUGAGGCUGCGUACACCACCAGGGGAGGGAAGAUCCCCAUCCGCUGGACAGCUCCGGAGGCCAUUGCUUACAGGAAGUUCACCUCGGCCAGCGACGUGUGGAGCUAUGGUAUCGUCAUGUGGGAGGUGAUGUCAUACGGCGAGCGACCAUACUGGGAUAUGAGCAACCAAGACGUGAUCAAGGCCAUUGAUGAGGGCUAUCGGCUGCCCCCGCCCAUGGACUGCCCCGUGGCACUCCACCAGCUAAUGCUAGACUGCUGGCAGAGAGAGAGGGCCGACCGGCCAAAGUUUGGACAGAUCGUCAACAUGCUGGACAAGCUGAUCCGCAACCCCAACACUCUGAAGAGGACUGGGGGAGAGACCACUGUCAGGUGGGGCAGGAGGGCAGGACACAGACAGACGCAAAAUACAUAUGUUAAAGGGCCUAACACCACCCUGCUGGAGCCAGGGAGCCCUGAGGCGUCCCCGGCCGUGGGCACAGUGGAGGACUGGCUGCAGGCCAUCGGCAUGGAGAGAUACAACGACAACUUCACCGCCGCCGGCUACACCACUCCGGAGGCUGUGGUCCACAUGACACAAGAGGACAUGGCUCGCAUAGGUAUCUCCUCGGCAGCACACCAGAACAAGAUCCUGACCAGCGUCCAGGGAAUGCUGUCCCAAAUGCAACAGAUGCAAGGCAGAAUGGUUCCCGUCUGAGAGAUUUAAACAAAGAAAAAGGAAAAGGAAGCAAAUCGACUUUGUUUCUUUUGAAAAAAAAUUAAUAAAUAACAAAAAAGAAUAAAUAUAAAAAAAGAGACAAAUAAACUAUGAAGAAAUAGUUUACCUCAUCCAUGCACUUUAAAUUGGAUCUAAAAGAAAAGAAGAUGUUGAUGAAGAAGAAAAAAGUGGUGAAAAUGGCACUUUUUAAAAAAAUCAGACCUUUACUUUGCCCUUUUUUUUGUUUUGGAGAAUGGGACGCUUCUGUCUGCAGCAUUUAUGGAUAGAUGGAGGAAGGACGGCUGGAAAAGUGCUUCCGAGAGGCCAAUCUGGAGUGCCUUUAAUGGUCUGGAAGGAAAAGCGAGGAAGGCGGGGAAUCGUACCUUUCUUUUUCCUCUUGGGCAGAGUAUUGUUUCUGGAACUUUCUUUCUGGAAUAAUCCGAGGAACAGAUUUUUUUGAUUUCCUGUGACUUUGUUUAUUGUACAUGAAUUGUUUCUGUGGGACUCGCAGGCUGCCCCGGCCACCAUUGUUCUCUCUCAGCUGGAUCUGUUUGAUAUCUCACAGACAAAAUGGAAGAUCCUUACUGUCAUAAACAGUGAAUUACUGAGAGGUUGAGGGUUGGAUUCUGAGGGAGAUUGCAAUGCAGGGAGGGCUUAUUUUAAGGAGCUUUUUUGUGUGUUUUAUUUGCUCUGUUCUGGACCUGUUUUUCUCCCAGAACGCUGUAUUUUGUUGCCCUCAGGACGUUGCUGAGAAUGUCUUUGAUCUUCCAGAGGAUCUUUCCCACUCCCCUGUCUUCCCAAAAUGCCCUCCUACACCUCUGAUAAACACACAAUUUAGAUUCUUCCAUUCAUCUUACCAUCUGAAUCAAAGCCCAAGCCCCCCCACUACUGCAGGACCCACCUAACUCUUCCUCACCACUUUUGAUGAACAGCUGUAUGGACCAGUUGAUUUGGCUUUGAAUUUAUCGGCAUGUUUUAUUUGGACAAAAAGAUGCAACAAAGGCCAUAUGGAUGCCGAAUGAAUCAGAAUCACUGCCGCCACGAAAAUACACAGAGGAUUACUCCAUCAUCAAGCUGCUGCCGUCCAUCAUGAACAGGAUCCUUGCUCCUUGCAACACAGAGCCUUGCUUGCCACGACCAGAAUUCUUCCUCCUCUUCCUCUUUGUCUUCCUCCUCCUGCUUUCCCCUGCUCUCCUUGGAGUCUCCUCUGACACCGAGAUGACAAAUCCACCCCCGAGCGUCUGGGACGUCCACCGUCACAACAGGUCAACUUGACAAACUAGCUGCCACAUGCUUGUGGCCACCCAGCAAUGUACUGGAAUUACUAUGAAUGAUUUAACAGCAUAAAACAGAGACAAUAAGAAGAAUGUAAUAUAAUCGAGAAGCCCUGCUCCAGCGGAUAAUGUACUUUUGAUUUGAAAGUUUCUUUUUUUGUGUGAUAUUUUUGUUUUGCUUUUUAUUGUUUUGUUUGCAUGUCCAGUAACAAACGUUUGAUUUGAGCGUGCGAAUGUGAUGAAGAGUGUGUGUGUGUGUGUGUUUGUGUCUAGCUGUAUGAGUGGCAACGUCUUUGAAGUACUAUCAGUAAUUGUGUCGAUUUUCAUGCCACUGUGGAGAAAGAAGAGAUAACAGAGAUGUAUUGUUUUUGACAUAAAAAAGAAAAACCUGGACUUUUUUGCUUAUGUGUCGUCUAAAAAACGAUGUAAGGUGUGUUGCUCCCGUCGUGCGGCAACAGCAUUUAUUACACAGCUUUCCGGAAUGCAACCCCUCUCUGCUUUGGGACUGGCUUGCAGAUGGACACACAGAGACACAGACAAGUGUGACUAAAAGCGUCCUGUGCAAAGAAACACACCGAAGACAGAUGGGAGUUUGGACUCUCCGAGCUCAUGACGAGGAGGAAAUGUCGGGAGCAUCUCUCUCCAUAUGGAAAUGGGAGCAGUUUAGAAUGACGCACCUGUAAACAAGAAAAGGAUAAGAGAAGUGAGGACAAGGUGUUUAAAAAGGGAAAACCGGUGGUGGUUUUUAUUUUUUCCAGAGCACAUCAUACAGCUACAGGUUUAACCCAAUGGACUAUAUUCUUUUUGUUCUUUUAUCUCUUUAAACUAUACUUAUGUGAAUGUUUUUGAACUCGCAAGUGAUGCUUCAUAUAAUACAAAAACACCUCCGUCCUUAAUACAGCUCUACUGCUCUUUCCUUUUUUGGCAAUGCGUCGUUCUUUUGGGUUUUAUCUAUCGAAAAAGGACCUGUUUGGAAAUAUGCAAGACAUGUUGGGAAGGAGAAGGAAACCAGAAUGUACUGUAAAAUACUUUUUUCCUUUAAUUAAAUGUUGGACAAUUUGAAAAAACAAAAAAACAAAACGCAAGAGUUAAUGUUUGUCAUUGUAUGCCUUCCGAUGCCAUAUGAUCUAGCCAUGUAGAUCUAACAUUCUCUCAAUCUUUUUUUGUACUUUUUUUUGGACAUGAUCAUGUUUUUUUGUUUGUUUGUUUGUUUUUUGCCUUGUUUUUUGUCAAGGAGCUCUAGGUACAUGUAACUUAUGUCAUUUAUUUAUGUCCUUUUAUAUCUAGUUUGUAAAAUAAUAGCCUAAAGUGAAGAAAAUAAAGGGGUGCCAAAGUGCAUUCUUAAUAAAGUAGAAACCAUAUAAUGAUC